AAUAUUAAAUCCUUGAAUAAAGGAUUCAAAGGCUCGGGAGAAGAAGACAAAAUCAUCGAAAUCAUAUAUUUAUUGCGCAAGGCGAUAAAAAGCUCAGAGCUUUGAGGCGGGAAUACGAAAUGAGAAAUCAUAAAUAUCCACCAUUCAGACGGACUUUAAAGCUGUUCGUUAUCAGUUGGAGGAAAAUUUAAAGGAAUUUUACAGGGGCAGGGUUCGGAGGCUUGUUUCAUUAUUAUGAACCACUUAAAUUCUUCGCUUUGUGAGGAUUUCCAGUUUUUGACUCGAUUUCUAGGGUUUAUUUUGAUUUAUUGGGCUGCGGUUGUUCUGAAAUUGAUUCUUCGUGCUCAGAACAUUUCGCAGCUGUAAAAUUAGCCUAAAAUGGCUGUCUACAGGAUUUAGAAUUUGUGAAAAUGUUCUACAGUUCAGCAGAGCAUUGGAGACUAAAUUGAAGCUCUUUAGCCACAGCGUGAAAGGAAAAAGAAACUUUUAAAAGUUGGAGCCAAAUUACAUCGGGGUAAUUGUACAUGCCAUUUAUUUUUCGCUUUGUAUGGGACUGUAAUGUAUAGUAUAUAAUCUUGUCAGAAUUGGAGUCAAGAGCACAGGACAAUAUUUAAAUUCGCUGAAGCGGGAAUAUGUUCAAGAGGAAAUUUCAUAGGGAGGAUAGCGAGAUGACGCGCAAUAAUGGACGCCAAGAUGACAGUGGAGUGUUUACCAAAGCGAAUAUUGCUAUUGGAUCAAAAGUAUGGGUUGAAAAUAAUGGAGUUGCAUGGGAGGAGGCUGAUGUAAUUGAAAUUGAUAAUGGACAAGCUAAAGUUCUUACAGCCAGAGGACUUGUGUUUUAUACUCCCAUUUUCAAAAUGCAUCCUAGAGAUCCAGAUGCAAAACAUGGAGGAGUGGAUGAUAUGACUAAAUUGGCCUAUUUGAAUGAACCGGGUGUUUUGCACAACCUUGCAAGAAGAUAUGAGCUCAAUGAUAUAUAUACAUAUACAGGAAGUAUUUUGAUUGCUGUAAACCCUUUUACAAAGCUACCACAUCUAUAUAAUGUCCACAUGAUGGAGCAGUAUAGGGGAGCAACAUUUGGGGAGUUAAGUCCUCAUGUUUUUGCAGUUGCUGAUGUUUCUUACAGGGCAAUGAUAAAUGAGGGGCGUAGUCAAUCAAUACUGGUGAGUGGUGAGAGUGGAGCUGGAAAAACAGAGACAACAAAACUCAUAAUGCAGUAUUUAGCUUAUAUUGGUGGUCGGGCUGCUAUGGAUGGCAGAACAGUUGAACAACAGGUUCUUGAAUCUAAUCCACUCUUAGAGGCGUUUGGGAAUGCGAAGACAGUACGCAAUGACAAUUCGAGGAAAUAUUGGAGGGGCCAUUACAAAGAGGUUCAUCUUUUUAUAAGUCGGUUUGGUAAAUUUGUGGAAAUCCAAUUUGACAAAAAUGGUAGAAUAUCUGGAGCUGCAAUCAGGACUUAUCUUCUAGAGAGGUCCCGUGUUGUGCAGAUAACACACCCAGAGAGGAAUUACCACUGUUUUUAUCAAUUAUGUGCUUCUCCAGAGGAUGUAGCGAAGUACAAGUUAGGGGAUCCUAGACUGCUGCACUAUCUGAACCAGAGCAACACAUAUGACUUGGUUGGUGUUAGCAAUGCCCAAGAAUAUAAUAAUACCAGAAGGGCCAUGCAUAUAGUAGGCAUAAAUCUUGAAGAACAGGAAUCAAUUUUUCGGGUUCUCGCAGGAAUAUUGCAUUUAGGAAACAUUGAGUUUGUUUCAGGGAAAGAACAUGAUUCAUCAAUUCUAAAGGACAAGAAAUCUGCUUUUCACCUUCAAACUGCAGCAGAAUUAUUAAUGUGUGAUGUUGAAACAUUGCAAGAUGUACUAUGCAAACGCGUUAUUGUGACUCAUGAUGGAAAUAUAGUAAAAAGUCUUGAGCCUCAUGUGGCUGCAGCCAAUCGAGAUGCUUUAGCAAAGACGGUUUACUCUCAUUUAUUUGAUUGGUUGGUGGAUAAAAUUAAUAAAUCUAUUGGACAAGAUCCUGAUUCAAAAACUCAAAUAGGAGUCUUGGACAUCUAUGGCUUCGAAAGUUUUCAGAACAAUAGCUUUGAGCAAUUUUGUAUCAACCUUGCUAAUGAGAAGCUUCAACAGCAUUUCAACCAGCAUGUGUUCAAGAUGGAGCAAGAUGAUUAUAGCAAAGAAGAAAUCAAUUGGAGCUAUAUAGAGUUCAUAGAUAACCAAGAUGUUUUGGAUUUAAUUGAAAAGAAACCUAUUGGAAUUAUUGCACUAUUAGAUGAAUCGUGUAUGUUCCCAAAAUCUACCAGCGAAACAUUUGCAACCAAGCUUUUUCAGAACUUUGGGAAUAAUCACCGAUUCAAGAAGCCAAAGCUAGCACAGACAGACUUUACAAUUUCACAUUAUGCUGGUGAGGUGACAUAUCAGACGGAUCAUUUCCUAGAGAAAAACAGAGACUACAUUGUUGUGGAGCACAACAAUUUGUUGUCAUCUUCAAAAUGCCCUUUCGUUGCUAGUCUUUUUCCUUCUUUGCCCGAGCAUAAUAUAAAAUCUUCUUACAGAUUUUCUUCUGUUGCUACACGAUUCAAGCAACAACUGCAAGCUCUGUUGGAGACACUUAACUGCACCGAACCACAUUUUAUACGUUGCGUGAAGCCUAAUGCGAGUAACAAGCCAGGGAAUUUCGAUAAUCAAAGUGUUCUGCAUCAACUUCGCUGUGGGGGUGUUCUCGAAGCAGUACGGAUAAGCUGUGCUGGUUAUCCAACACGAUGUACAUAUGACGAAUUUUUAGAUCGCUUUGGACUUCUUGCACCUGAGAUAAUUAAUAGAAACUAUGAUGAAAAAACUGCUUCUCAAAAGUUGCUGCAAAAGUUGAAUCUUCACAAUUUCCAAUUAGGAAAAACAAAGGUUUUCCUUAGGGCUGGGCAGAUAGUGGAUUUAGAUGUCCGAAGAGCACAUGCUCUAAAUAAUGCAGCAAAAGUUAUUCAACGUUUUGUGCGUGCCUUCAUUGCACGUAAAGAGUUCAUCAGAACAUGUGAUGCUGUCAUUACCAUUCAAACUUAUUGCCGUGGUUUUCUUGCUUGCAAAAUUCUUGAACUAAGACGGAGAGAAAUUGCAACUACUAUUAUUCAGAAACAUACUCGUAGGUGGUUGCUUGAGAGGAAGUACAUGCUUCUUCGGUCUGUUGCCAUUGUUGUCCAGGCUGGAAUUCGUGCAUCUUUUGCUCACAAAGAAUUUAAUAUGAAAAAGCAAACAGUAGCUGCAACUAAAAUUCAGAGACAAUGGCAUAUGUUCAAAGUUCAAUCAUAUUUUUGUCAAUUGCGUAAGGCAACAAUUGCUUUUCAAUGUGCAUGGAGAUGCAGGGUUGCCACAAGGGAACUACGUAGACUGAAGUUGUCUGCGAGGGAAACAGGUGCUCUGCAAGAAGCAAAGAAUAAGCUUGACAAGAGGUGUGAAGAACUCACUUGGCGUUUGGAGCUUGAAAAGAGAUUAAGGGUUGCUGCUGAAGAAUCUAAGAGAGUGGAAGUGAAAAAGCUGCUGAAUGCAUUCCAGGAAAUGCAAGAGGAAUUAAAUAGAGCAAAUUUAAAGUUUAUACAGGAGAGAGAAAAAGCAAAUGUGCUUCAGAGCAAACUUGAAACUGCUACUAGAGAAUUAUCAAAGCUUGAGACAACCCAGGUCAAAUUUCAAGAACUGAUAAAAGAGAAUGAGAAUGCUAAGGCUUCAGUAGAACUAAUUGAAAAGAAACAAUUAGAAACAGAGAGAGAGUUCAUAAGAACUAAAAAGGAACUUGAGGAAUGGCAAAAAAGGGCAGAUGAAGCUGAGUUGAAGGCAUCUCGAGCAAAGCAGGAUCUACAGAGAUCUGAAGAAAGGAUUGCUAGUGUCGAUCAUGAGAAGCAAGUGCUUAGGCAACAAUCUAUAGCGAUUUCACCAAACAGUGGCCUUAAAAAUGUUGCAAAUCCCAUUCUUAUCCAGAAAACCCCUGAAUUUCAUCAGCUUUCAAAUGGAGAUCAGAGAUCUCACUUCGAUUCACCCAUGUCCUCUCAGAUUUUUAGAGAGUUCAGUCGCACACCAGUGGAAUCUAGACGCUCUCGGUUAAUUUUAGAAAGACAGCAGGAAAAUCAAGAAGUUCUUCUGAAGUGUGUCACUGAAAAUUUGGGUUUUACUCAUCAUAGACCUGUUGCGGCCUGUAUCAUAUAUAAGUGCCUUCUUCAUUGGCAUACAUUUGAGGCUGAAAGGACAACUAUGUUUGAUCAUUUGAUUCAGGCUAUUCUCUCAGAAAUUGAGGGUCAAGAGGAUGGCAAUGUCUUAGCAUACUGGCUGUCAAAUAUUUCAACACUACUUUUCCUCCUCCAACGAAAUUUAAGAUCAAAUAGCUUUCCUACAGCAACACAGCUUCGUCUAAAUGCUUCGGUUAGCUAUUUGGGAAGGUUGACUCAGAGCUUUAGAUCACCAUCAAAUAUUGCUUCCCCGGGAGCUCUGGCAUCGUGUGGUGAUAACACGAGUGCAUGGCAAGUUGAUGCAAAGUAUCCUGCUUUGCUUUUCAAGCAACAAUUAACUGCAGCUUUGGAAAAGGUCUAUGGUUUGAUCCGUGAUAAUGCAAAACGAGAAUUAACACCGUUGCUCAAUUUUUGCAUUCAGGCUCCAAGGGUAUCUCGAGUAAGCAUGGUGAAAGGGUCUCGCUCACCAAAUUUUGGUGGAUCUAACCACCAGGCUUUGGGUUCUCAUUGGCAUAACAUUAUCAAGAUCUUGAGCUCUUUGUUGAACACGCUCUGUUCUAACCAUGUACCUGCAUUUUUUAUCAGUAAACUAUUCACACAAGUUUUCUCAUUCAUCAAUGUACAACUUUUUAACAGCAUGCUGUUACGACGUGAAUGUUGCUCUUUUAGCAAUGGUGAAUAUGUUAAAUUUGGGCUUUCUGAGCUGGAACAGUGGAUAUGUGAAGCAACAGAAAAAUAUGCAGGAAAAUCAUGGGAUGAAUUAAGAUUCAUAAGACAAGCUGUUGGUUUCUUGGUGAUCCAUCAGAAACGAAAUAAGCCUUUAAAUGAACUUGUAAAUGAUAUAUGUCCGGGUCUGAGCAUUCAGCAGCUAUACCGCAUAAGCACAAUGUAUUGGGAUGACAAGUAUGGCACACAGAGUGUAUCAAACGAGGUUAUAAGAAACAUGAUAGAUAUUGUGAAAAAUGAUUCUCAUGACAUGUCAAACAAUUCUUUUCUGUUGGAUGAUGAUUUAAGCAUCCCAUUUUCUGCUGAUGAUAUAUCAAACACUAUUGAUGACAUAGACCUGUCUGAUGUUGAACCACCGCCGUUGCUUCAUGAAUACCCAACUUUUCAGUUUCUGCUACAGCAUUCAUGAUGACAUAAAAGCGUUUGAGAUGUGACGCCUUUAUGCUUUUCUUUGGCCCAUUUCAAAUUCUGUGGGUUCAAUCUUUUGUCUUCAUCUCAGACUGUUUAUUCUCUUCAAUCUUGAUUGAUGGCUGCAGAGUGAAUCGAGCCAAGAUUAAUUUGUUUGAAGCUUCCUGUGCUUCCUAAGGAUUAUGCUGGAUGUGAUAUGCAUGGAAAAGUGGGUUUUGGAAAAAAUUAGGUGAAUAUUCUCUUAUCCUGCUGCUUGCUAUUUACCUGUGGAAACCAAGAAAAAGGCAGUUUGGCACAGAAAAUUUUUCACAGUACAUUAACCCGCUGUAUCAUAGCUUCCUUGGCUAUGUUGCUGAUAUAGAUCAUAUCAGCCACAUUUCUUAUGGUAUAAUACUUUGCACCUUUUGAUUGUACAUGAAAACAGUGGCUGUAAAUUUUGUCUAAAAUGGUAAAGAAACUUCAACAACAGAGCUGUAUUAAUUAUUUUAUCUAUACAGCUCUGUUUACUGUAUAACAUUGUACAAUUUAUAUAAGCCUUUAAUUUAGAUGUUACUGUUAAAUUUUGGAUCAGAA